CAAAAUGAAGAUCUCUCCUUUGGCUCUGUUGAACUGUGCAUUGUUUGCCCUCACCAUCCAGGUCACAGCAAGUGAAACAAACUUAUCAAUCAUGGCCUAUUAUGCAGAGCUAGUGCUUGAUGUAGAGGUAGCUGACAGCAUUUCAUCCAACAUACUAUCUGCAAAUUCCCCUAUUAUCCUGACCGAUGCUGCAAAUAAUGUCCUAGUAACCAACAUUAGCAUCACUACAGAUUGCAGUAUCAUUGACCAAGCAGCAGAAUGUAGGUGCCAACAAAACUAUACUUGGAGUGGCUUUGUAUGCACAUUGUACCCUCAAUGUUGUCUGAACAAAACAUUCUGCAAAUUGAAUGUAUCAGAUAACAUACCCAUGUGUCUACCUAAGAAAAGGGUAACUGUGCGGGGAACGCUCUUUAUACCUUAUCCAUUUACAGAAGAUCUUAAUAACAUUAACAGUGUUGCCUACAUAACCCUUGAAAAAAAGGUUGGAGACCAGUUGAAGACAUAUUUCAGUGAUUUAAAUGAAUUUGACUGUGUGAAAAUCCUUCAAUUCAGAAAAAGCACUUUUGUUGAUUUUAUAAUGUUCACGAAUGCAGCUUUCACCAAUAAGAUGCUUCAAGACAGAAUGGAUAAAAUUUCUUUUAUAUUGAAGGGCAAUAUGACAGUCCGCACAACAGGAAUUGCUGAAAUGGCCAUUUAUGAAGGAAAUGGAAAGACUGUUCCAUCUGGAAUUCCGGUUGUAAUGACUUGUACUACAGAUAACAAUACUGUGAAACCAAAAUGGUUCUUGAGUCAAAAAGGCGUACAAGCAGAAAUUGUAUCAGGAACAGGAGUGAAAGUUGGUUCUUUAGGACCAGUUUACAAUGUUACCAUUUACAAAACCAGUGAAGACUGGGGAGGUAUCUACACCUGUGAGUUUUCACAAGGUUCAAUAACUCACACAGGAGUCAAAUCCCUUCAAGUAGCCCUCUUACCAGAUUAUAUUGAUGGUGUUGCAAACCCACAAUUCCCUGACUGUAGGAAGAAUGGACUAAUUCAAGUAAAUUUAACCUGCAGUAUCAAAAAGAGCAAUGAGACCUAUACAGUGAAAUGGAAUGAUGUAAUUUCAAAUCUGAGAGUCACUGAAGAAGUCUAUACAUUUUCAAAAACAGUAAAUUGUGCAACUGAUCCUGAUAGGGAUAUUACUAUAAGUUGUUCAUUUGAGAACGUUUUGGGGCAGGUGAAAACGCAAUACAUAAACAUUUCACUUAUAAAAGAUGAUAAUGUUUGUCCAAAAGAGGGAGACUGGCCAUUAAGCCAAAAAGGUAAAGUGUCAAUCCUGGCUUGUUUACCUACUGAGGUGGGGACACGAACACGGAAGUGUGGAGAAAGUGGAUGGGAAGGACCAGUGGCAGACUGUAUCAACAAAAAACUAUAUGAAGUACUUCAAAGUGCACAGAAACUGGAAAAAGGUCUUGGAAACCCAGAAGAAACUGUCGGUGAUUUGUUAAGUGACCUUGCAAACACUGAAAAUACUGAUAUACCAAUUUCAGCUGCAGCUCUUCAUGCAUCAUUGGACAUUCUGACACUAAUAAGUUCUGCUGCAAAGAAUGCAAAGACCAAACUUUCAGCAAAUGUUUUGAAAAGCUUUGUUGGUAUAGUAGACAGACUCAUCGACCCUUCUGUCACACCUAUAUGGAAAGAAUCUACUUUUAAAGCUUCUGACUUCCUUGAGUCUAUCGAAGACUUUGCAAAGCAGAUAUAUACAAACAAUGGAUCAUAUACUUUAACAUUAAAAAAUGUUGUGUUGAAAGGAGCUUCUAUACCAGAAGAUAAUAAAGCAGAAAUCAGCUCUCCACAGGCAUCUGUCAAAAUGAACGUUAACAAAAACUCCACGAACGCCACAAUUUCUACCUUAACAUUUCUUUCGUUAAAUUCAAUUUUACCCAGCAAUACAAUGGAAGGCUUCAGUGUUCACAGCGCAAUUCAAUCCAUCAUAUUAGUAGAUGCAAAAACAGAAAAUGUAGUAAUUACAUUUCAAUUGGAAAAUGAAACAAGUUCAAAGUAUCCAAUGAUGUGUGUUUACUGGGAUUUCAAAACAAAUGAUGGAAAUGGAGGAUGGUCCAGUCAAGGCUGCAAAUGGGAGAAACAAGAUUCUAACUCAACCACCUCAUCUUGUGUUUGUGACCACUUGACAUCUUUUUCUGUGCUAAUGUCAAAAUUUCCUAUCAGUUUACCUUGGCUUGAUGAAAUUGGUUAUGUUGGAGUGGGUGUGUCCAUUUGUUCCCUCAUGCUCUGUCUCGUAAUUGAAUUUUUAGUAUGGAAUUCAGUAGUUAAGUCAAACAUCUCCCAUUUUCGACACACAGCCCUGGUUAACAUUUCUCUGUCUUUGCUUAUUGCAGACUGCUGCUUUUUGUCUGCUUCUUUCCAAGGUGGCAAAGGCGGUAAACUCUGUUUACCUCUAGCAAUGGCCAUGCAUGUUUCUUUCUUAGCGAUGUUCUUUUGGAUGCUCUGUCAAAGCAUAAUGCUCCUUCACCAAAUGAUUUUCCUCUUCCAACAACUGAGAAAGAAAAUGUACCUAUCUUUUUCAUUUGCUCUUGGUUACUUAGGCCCAAUAUUCAUUGUGAUUGGAACAUACAUGGGAAAUCCCGAUAAAUACUAUAGGAAAGAUUCCUGCUGGCUAAUGUAUGAAGGGGGGGGGAAGGGAUCCAUUUUUGCUUUUGUUCUACCUGUUGGAAUCAUUGUUAUCAUCAAUACGUUUACUUUGGUUGUGGUCAUUUCAAAGCUGUUGAGACCUUCCGUAUCAGAGGGAGGUAAAGCAGAAGACAUGGAGACUGUGAAAAGCAUAUUGAAAGCAGUUAUUAUCCUGACCCCAGUAUUUGGAUUAACAUGGGCCCUGGGAUUCCUUACUAUGAUAUUUGACCUACCUGAGACGUUUGGAGCUAAAGCAGUUCACUACUUAUUUUCUAUAUUUAACUCAUUACAGGGCCUGUUUAUUUUGAUAACUGGGUGCUUUACAGAGAAAAAGGUGCGAGAUGCCCUCUUGAAACAUGUGAACUCUGUGUAUGCGCCAUCGUCCAAGAGUGAAACCUCAAAUUCUAUAAAGAAGUAAAGAAAGUAAUGACGACAGAUUGAAAAUUGGAAGAACCUGAAAUGCAAUAUCGGGCCCUCUCUACAAGGAUAUUUAAAUAAGUCAUCUUUGUAUAAAUAAAAUAAAGGUUGAUAUGAAUGGAACUGUUGUAGACUGUUGUUAAAAAAGCAAACAGCAGCCUAGAAUGGUGAUGUAUACUGCAAAUGUGCUGUAGUUAUUGUUGCUACCUUGUUUACAAACUAAUCUUUUUUUAUGCAUUAGAAAAUCAUCCGUCCUGGCAUUUGUAAACAAAAAAAAAAUCACCCUUACUUGUUUCAAUUGCUUUUCAGUUCUAACUCAUUAGUAAUUACCGCAGCCUCAGUUUCAAUUUGUGUACAAACACAUACAUCAAAAUAUACAAAUUCAAACAGCUCUUGUAAAAAAUACUCCGGGUUGCAUAACUCCAACAAAUUUGAACAGAAGGGGUUUUGUGUCUCCUUAAGGAAAUGUAUAGUCAACAAAACUGGCCUGUAUUUUCCACAAUGGAGAUAUUUGAAUUGGGUACUUUUCCAGCGUUGGAAAACCAAGCUGUGUGUGUUUUACUGUCUACAAAUGGGAAAGCAAGAAUAGCAGAACAAUUAUGAGAAAUGAUUUUUUUCUUUUGUUUUUACAUAGACCCUUAUGAUAAAUGUAGGAUUUUAAAAUUUUAAAAUAAGUUAUUAUUACGUUUAAAUAUUGCCUUAAUGUUAAAAAAUAAAUACAAAAUUAAAUGAACAACAAAAGUGGUUCUGAAAUAUAUAAUAGACAAACUUAUUUUUGAACCAAAUUUAAAUUGGAAGUAAACUACUAAUAAUUAGUGUAAGAUGAGAAAUAUACAUACUUUUAGAGUUAUGUUUUACCUUUGAUUUCUUUCAAUAGUAAUGUCAAAGAGAACACUCCCUCCUCCUCGCCCUCACCUGGAGCUACGAAAUGUGGGGCACCACCUUGAGAUUUACCAUGGCAUCUUACCCAAGAAGGGGGGGAGGGAUUUGGG